AUGAAGAUACAAUCAAGUAGCCUUGUUCCAGUUUUAGUGGAGAAAACAGAUAGUAUAAGCAGCGGCGCUGGCAAAGCAAAACUACAAGAUCUUCCGGAGGAGUUGAUCCAACAUAUACAAUCAUUGUUGCCGCCACCAGAUGCCGCCCGCACAUGCCUCUUGUCCCGAUCAUGGGCACACGCUUGGUCUACCUUCCCUAUCCUCACGUUUCUUAAAUCCUUUGUUUGGGAUCAUAAAAAAGAAGAAAGACAAUACUACAAUCAAAUCGACCGUACUCUGCUAAGGUAUCACCAGCAUAACAUACCCAUCCAAAGUUUUUCUCUUCGAUACGGCGUUUCAAACGACAAGUUGGCUGUUCUUGCUAAAAAGUGGAUUCACCUGCUGUUUGUAUCUCCCAACACUCGUCUCAAAGAGCUUUCCCUUGUAAUAACCCUUGGGAUUGAUUCGUUUACAUUGCCAGAUGAGAUAUUAUAUGGUCAACACUUGAAUAAGUUAAGUGUAACAAGUUGUGUAAGGUCCCUUAGGAUCUGUGAUAUUAAUAGCAAUAGUGCAGCGUUGUUGAUCAGAUGUGUGUCUCUUCGUGUGCUGGACUUGACGCGUGUCAACAUUAGUAAACAGCUACUUAAUAACUUAUUGUCCACUUGUUGCUUGCUUGAGAAAAUUAAGCUUGUUUCUUGUAACGGCUUCAAGACCAUCAAGUUUAAAGAUCCUCCUUGUUUUCUUCGGGAAUUGGAAAUAGUUUCAGGAAAAGAGGACGUUUUUUUGGAAGUCGAUGAUGCCCCCCGUCUUCAGUCGUUUCAUUAUUACAGCUCAGGAUCCUCAUCAUGGAGUAAGCCUCUGCCCUUCAACUUGGAUGCACUACGAGGAUGCGUGACACACUUAUACGUAGCUGGUGUAUUUAUGGACAAGUCUUUUUUCAACACUAUCAACUUGAAGUUCCCUUUUCUCGAGAGUAUGACCAUUGGAAUUAAGUUUCCGGGUAAGGAGAGUUUCAUUAUCACAAGCGCUUCAAUGAAGACGUUGACCAUACAUGUGUGGGUGGAAAGGUCGAUGGACAUACAAGUUUAUGCUCCAAAAUUACUUGCUCUCGAUUUUAUAGGUUGGAGGGUACCUCGUAAUAAGCUUAGUAUCUCGUAUCCCAUCACUCCUCCUGGUCAAGUGAAGCUUACAGUAAAGUGA